CUCUUGUAUACCUGUAUGACCCAAUGCAAUAUUACCAUAGGAGAUUGCGUCGCAGAUGAUAAGAGAAAUAACAUUUCCUGCAACAGUACUUGUUUCAGAACACCUGAGAAUUGUGUAAAUUAUACUGGAGUUGACUUGUUUGGAAAAGAACAAAAAUACCAAUGUAACUGCAAACACCUUAGUGACUGUAAGUUCCAAAUCCUUAGUAAAUGUGAAAAUGGAUGCUUACCUGGAUAUGAAAAGCCAUAUUGUCAAAAACGUAUGUACCAUAACUUCAUAAAGAAAGACACAAAUCAGAGUUAUCAUCAACUAUUUAUAUCUAAAAACAAAGAGGCAGUGAUGUCCCCAAUAGAACUAAAAUUUAGAAACAAAUACAGAAUUAAUACAAUAAAAAUUUGUAGCAAUCUUUCUGAUUCAUUAAUGAACGUCACGCAACCAACUGGAUUGAAAUGCGAAAUAAAGAACACUACUAAUACUAAGACUACAAUUUGCACUGGUGACGUACAUACUGAUACGUUGAAUAUCAAUGGAACGGCUGGAAUUAAUUUUAUUAAGUUAAUUGGAUGCCCACCACAAUUGUAUGGUAAAAACUGUACCAAGAAAUGUCAUUGUUCUGGAAAUAAAUCAUGUCACCAAAUUACUGGAGAGUGUAAAGAUGGCUGCGAAGAUGGAUGGUAUGGAGGGAAGUGUGAGAAGCAAACAUAUGUUAAUAUUGCUCAAGGUAAACAAACAAAUCAAUCAAGUACUUAUGGAACGAAAGGAACACGUGUCUUCCAUAAUGGAACAUGUGUGGACAUGAAGGUAGGGAUGACAUCCGCCAAGGCGGUUGACGGUAAUUUUGACCCUGGAGUCGUACAUAAAUCAUGUGCAAAUACUAACAAGGAAAAGGAUCCAUUAAGAGACAAAGCCUAUGAUCGGAAGAAACUUGUAUUGACUUCAUAA